CUGCUGCAGACAGAGGAGAGAGUAUCAUGUCGGAGCAGAACUCGGCAGCAGAAGCCAGCCUAUCUGGUCCAGAACAAAAUGCCCCAAAUCCCAGUUACAGCCCCAACAACCUGCCGCUACUCACUCAGACCGAUUCUCGGGACAAAUGGAGUAAGAAAAUCGAUUUCCUCCUUUCCGUUAUCGGCUUUGCUGUGGACCUAGGCAAUGUGUGGCGAUUUCCUUACAUCUGUUAUCAGAAUGGAGGAGGUGCCUUCUUAAUCCCAUAUACCUUGAUGGCUGUUUUUGGAGGUGUACCCCUCUUCUACAUGGAGCUUGCUUUGGGCCAGUUUCACAGAACAGGAGCUAUAUCCAUUUGGAAACAUAUAUGCCCAAUAUUUAAAGGGAUUGGAUAUGCUAUUUGUAUUAUUGCCUUAUAUGUGUCAUUCUAUUACAACACCAUCAUAGCCUGGGCACUGUAUUACUUCUAUUCUUCAUUUACUGGAACAUUGCCAUGGACUAACUGUGACAAUAGCUGGAAUACUCUUAACUGUACCAACUACUUUGGAAAAAACAAAGUUGCAUGGACAAAUUUCUCUAAAUCACCUGCUGAAGAGUUUUAUACGAGAAAUGUGCUUGAGAUCCACAAGUCACCUGGACUGCACGAUGUAGGCAACAUCCGCUGGCAGCUGCUUCUCUGCCUAUUUCUGAUUUUCACAAUUGUCUACUUCAGUCUUUGGAAAGGAGUGAAAACUUCAGGAAAGGUUGUUUGGGUAACGGCCACACUCCCCUAUGUUGUUCUGUUUAUACUAUUCAUUCGUGGAAUUACUUUACCGGGGGCAUGGAGAGGCAUCGAAUUCUAUCUUAGACCCAACUGGAAAAAGUUGACUGAAACAAGUGUAUGGGUGGAUGCUGCAACUCAGAUAUUUUUCUCCUUGGGUCCAGGAUUUGGCGUUCUCUUGGCUUUAGCCAGCUAUAACCAGUUUAACAAUAACUGCUAUCGAGAUGCUAUAGUAACCAGUCUGGUAAACUGCCUGACGAGUUUCUUGUCUGGUUUUGUUAUUUUCACUGUACUGGGCUACAUGGCUGAAAUGAGAAAUGUAGAAGUGGAAGAUGUGGCAAGAGAUAAAGGUCCAAGUCUUCUGUUCAUAACCUAUCCCGAAGCGAUUGCCAACAUGGUCGGUUCUACAUUUUUUGCUAUCAUAUUUUUUCUCAUGGUAAUAACACUUGGACUGGACAGCACUUUUGGUGGACUUGAAGCAGUAAUAACAGCAGUGAUGGAUGAAUAUCCACACCUCCUUGCUAAACGAAGAGAACUAUUUGUUCUUGGUUUAGUUACUGUGUGUUUUCUUGGAGCUCUCAGCACUCUUACCCAUGGUGGUGCGUAUGUGGUGAAACUUCUAGAAGAAUUUGGUGCUGGCUGCUCUAUCAUUGCAGUGGUUUUCUUAGAAGCUAUAGCUGUCUCAUGGUUUUAUGGGAUCCAAAGAUUCAGUAACGAUGUUAAAACUAUGUUAGGCUUUGCUCCAGGAAUAUUCUGGAAAGUUUGCUGGGUAGCUAUUAGUCCAGCCUUUCUAGCAUAUAUAAUAGUCAGUUCUCUUCUGGAUCAGCCUCUUCUUACCUUGUUUAACUAUAACUUCCCUGAGUGGAGUAUCUCAGUUGGUUACAUCAUAGGGGCAUCAUCCUUCAUCUGGAUUCCUGUCUACAUGGUGUACAAACUUGUGUGGACACCAGGAUCACUGAAACAGGAGCAGGAACAAGUCACGUUUGUCCCAAUGCAUGGCACUGGUGCUUUAACAACAUGA